AUCCAUCUAAUGACCAGACAUAACAAACUAUAUUGAAACAGUAGGUUUGCCUGUGGUCCUCCCUUCACAGGUUUAUUUAGGCCUAGCAGUGUGGACCUCAACCCAUAAUCCUCCCGCAGACACACCUGUAGAGGUGAGUAUAAAGACCCUGGACUGAACUGAGUCAAACAUUAAGCUUCAAGGAGUCUCUCUAAAGCAGCUUGCCACAGAAGCUCCACAGACACCAGACCACACCUGAAGAUGACUCCCUCUGUCAGCCUGCUGCUAUUGCUCCUGCUCGGCCUCUCUCAGGCACAUCCUCUCCUGGAGGAAGGAAGUGGAGAAGAGGAGGACGACAGUGUUGAUAUCAGCACCAGGAUUCUGGCCUCCAACAAUGCCACAGAUGAGAUCUUGCUGGAAGGAGACUUGUUGGCUCCCAGAACCAGAAACGCCAUGACAUGCUGGUCCCAGAGCUGCCUGUGGAGGAAAGCCUCCAACGGCAUGGUGACAAUCCCCUUCACCAUGAGCAGUCAGUUCAGCAGCUGGGAAAGGCAGAAGAUCGAGAAUGCCAUGAAGGCCUUCCACAGCAGAACCUGCAUCCGUUUUGUCCCCCGUCAGAACCAGUACGACUACAUCAGCAUUGAGAACAAAGCCGGAUGUUUCUCGGCUCUGGGAAGAACAGGAGGCAGACAGGUCCUCUCUCUCAACAAGCAGGGCUGCCUCUACCACGGCAUCAUCCAGCACGAGAUCAACCAUGCUCUGGGCUUCCAGCACGAGCAGACCAGGAGCGACCGCGACUACUACGUCAGGAUCAACUGGGAGAACAUCGACCCGCAGAUGGCUUACAACUUCUACAAGCAGAACACCAACAACCUGAACACGCCCUACGACUACUCCUCCAUCAUGCACUACGGAAGGACCGCCUUCUCUAUUCAGUACGGCAGGGACUCCAUCACCCCCAUCCCUGACCCCAACGUCCAGAUCGGACAGAGGCAGGGCAUGUCCUAUUGGGACAUCAUGAGGAUCAACCUGCUCUACGGCUGCUGACAACACCACAUCUGAUCUAAAGUUAUCAUUUAGCAAAACAAAUGAACUCAAUGCCAAAUACAACAAAUUCACAUUUUUUCUCCGAUUACAUGUAAUGAAUAAAACGCUACUAAAAUGUAUGUGAUCCAUGACAUACUCUUCACAUUCUGUGACUGUAAUCUUUGAAAUGUUCACACAAAGAAAUAAACAUCAAAGAGCAAAUGAAGUUCCCUCAUGUGUAAUUAUCUGUGAAAAGGUUAAUGCAGAAUGAAAUUAAUAUAGUUGGUUAGCAGAGGAGUGAGUCAGGUUUAAUGUUUUACAGCCUGUUAAUUAAGUUCACUUAUUGGGAAGAUGUUAUUUCUUCAUUUGUUUCUGAAUUCUGUCCUUCCUUCUGUCUACCUCUCUCCACCUCAGGUGCACUACACUAACAAGUUAAUUAUUUGAAGUCCCACCAAAUUGCAGCACUGUAACAUCUACCUGAGGUCUUUCCAAAACCAAAAACAUGAGUAAAAGUGUAAGAAGUGGAUUAAACAGUGUGUUUGACUGCUCUAACAUAACCUGCUAAUGUUAGCAUGCCGGGCUUAUUAGUUAAAUGACAUACUGUUCCAUAGCAUUAGCUGACUACUCUAUAUUCUGGAUUCACAGAUCAGGUUAUAAAAAUCCCUGUUCAGGACUCAUCCCGUCUGUGUAACAUGGUCCUGGAUUCUACCAACUGUUAGACUUUAGGAUAACAUUAUGGACCUGCUGUCCUGCUCUGUAUUGGAUUCAGGUGAAUUUACUCGAAAAGGCUUUCAAAUUUCAAAUUUCAAACGCAGAACAUUUUCUUUAUUUUUACGUGAUGUUGCACAAAAUUUGGUACAUCCAUUCACAGUUCCCAGAGGCUGUAUUAUAAUGACUUUGGUGAUCCUUGGACUCUUUCUCUAGCACCACCAUGAGGUUGAGGUUACACUUAUUUAUUGAAAUAUCUCAACAACUAUUGAAAAAUUUCAUAUAAACAUUUAAACAGCACCACCAGCCUGUUGACGUGUAC